GAUGAAUCGAACAAAUCGGAGGUGAAUGUCCUUAUGAUCUUGCUUGCCUCUACCACUUCGGAUCUUAGUAGAAUGGCGAUUCUAUUACAAAAGUGAAAUACAAUCCAAAUGCAUUACAAAAAUACAGAGUAAUAGUUGUCGAUCUUUGCAGAGGAUAAAGAAUACAUGCCUCUGUCUCCUCCCAACGAGAUGAAAAACAGGGGACCUCAUGUGGAGCGAACAGGAAAACAAACUUCUCGGGAACUUUAAUGAGGAGAUUUGAGUGGCUUCUCCGCUGGGGUUGAACUCCAAACGACACACGCUUGGACAGGAGAGGGGGGGGUCGAGAAGCUUUCAACGUGCUGCAAUUUUUCAUCAUUAGCAAGGUUCUCGGCGUUCCAUCUGCCGGCACAUCGUGACGAGCUUGACAAAUGGAGCUCAUCCAGAACCGCAACUCCACUCAGGACCUUUCGGACCUCGUGGUCUCCCGCUGGGACUCGAUGCCACAAAUGUCAUCAUAUGAUAGUAACAUCAUCAUCGUCCUGGGCGUGUUGACCUUUGCCCUCCAGCUGUGUUUGGCUCUCCUUGUCAUGCGGAGAUGUCUGAAUCUGGACCAAAAAAUCCGAGAGGCUACAGAAUGCCCGCAGAAUUUGCAGAAACUUCAGAUAGUAGUUCCCUCGUCCUGCCAGCAAGAUGUUUCCAAACAGACUCCUCAUCGGUUUUAUGACGACUGUUUCUUGACCUCCCCAGGAGAAGGAUCCGCUCCCACUGGAACAGCCAAAACCUGUCUCUUUGGACCUUACAUACACUGGGACCUGGUUCAGAACUGAAAAUGUGAUGAAGAAAAGUUUUUCUUGAUUUGUAUGUUACCAAAAAAAAGUGAUACCAAAGUGCAAUUAGCUGCUCAUAAAUUGUUAUUCAUUUACUGUUUGCACCAUCUCAUGAAAUCCAUUACAAAGAAAAAUAUUUGUGUCGGAUGCUAUUAUGCUCUUUUUAUCUUGGUUCACUUCUUGAUUUAAUUAUAUCAUGUAUGUUUGUGAAAAAAAUUUUUUACAAUAUGAUUACGAAUUAUACUAUUUAGUUUUCAAUUUUUCAUGGAAAUAUUUUGAAUUAUAUUUUGUGUAUUUUAAUCGGAACGUGUGUGUCGUUCCAACAAUCGCCAACAGGUGGCAGUAAUAUCGACGUAUCAUCGAGUGUCAACGGUCUUAUUAACAAAGAAGAACGAUGGAACGAAACAGCAUACAAAUUUGUCUAUAAUUGAUUUUAUUUCGGUAGUUAUUCUCAUUGUGUGAAUUAAUUUUGAGCAUUUACUAAUGAAUAAUCAUACCAGGCUUGUUGUUAUCGUAACUGUUUGUUUUUUGCAUUAUUCGAGUGGUUAGCUAACUGGCUAUUGGUGGCUAUCAGCAACUUUUCAUCAAGAAGAUGGAGUCGAUUCUUUUUUCAACCAUUUCCCAAGGUAGUCAAUUACCUCUGCCUUCUCUUCGUCUACUGGUGCCGCCUCUGCAGCUCCUGUCAGCUUCCAUGUGGCAGACCCUAAAGAAACAAGAAGUCACCAGCUACUGGGAAAUUGCCGACUUUGUCUCUUUGGCCGUAGAAAUUGUCCCGGAGCUGCUCGUGUACAAGCACAGGAUGCAACUUAACCUGGGUUUAAGAGCCAGGUAUAUUCUCGAAUUAUGCCGAAGUGAACAGCCGCUGGAAUGUGACGUCAUCUUGUCACUUCUGGACAAGAUGAAACAACAAAACACCUCUGCAGAACACGUGAAUGAAGAAGAAGAAGAAGCCAUAAUACGCUUCAUGGAGUCAAUUCAGGUUCUGCUCAAGAAUCCCGAAGAGAGACAACACUUUUUUAUGGAGGUUUUCCCAUCUUGUUAUGGACCCGAGUAUGACCAGGAUCUAAAGUCGCUGUUUUGGGAAUUCCUCUGUCGACUCGCUCAACUGUUACCUGUUCCUGAUCUCAAACAGACUGUUUGCUGGCUUGAAUCUUCAAUAACAGAUGAAUGCGUGCAUCCACUUAGUGAAGUUAAUGACUUAAAAGUUUUACUCCAGCACCACAAACACCUCAGACGUUUAAAGCAGCAUGUUCCAGCUACAAGCAUGGGGGACAAAAUCCUUGCCUCCCUUUCUGCCUUCCAUCCUGGCGGAACGGCCAAAGCGGAAGAACAGUCGAACCAAGCAGACCCGGAAAGUGAUAGUCACAUCCAUGUACCUACAGUAGAUGAGGUGACCAUUGAGGUCACUGCAGAAGUUGAGGCGGAAUUAGAAGAAAAUGGUUUGGUCCAGCAAGCAGAAGAGAUGACCUCAGAUGUGGAUGAAGGUAAAGAAAGGGAAGGAAUGGAUGGAAAGACGCAAAGCGACCUCGCCAGGACGCAGCAGGACGACUCGACUUCCGUUCGGCGUCGGAGCGCUUCGGGCCCUCACGACUGUCCGGACUGCGACAAAAAAUUCAAGUUUGCCUCGUUGCUCACGGCCCACCGGGUCAUCCACACAGGGGAGCGCCCCCACCGCUGCUCCGAAUGCGGCCGCUGCUUCUCUUUCCGGCAGGCCCUGAGACGGCACAGAAACACGCACAAAACACGCAGGCAAACGCAUGACGAGCUGGAGUUCACAAACCGCUCGAAAACUCACAUCGGGUCAGCGAGGGGCGAAGCGGCGGAAAUGCCGGAAAAUGCGGGAGCGGAGCCCGUCGACAAAGUCGUUCCUCUCGUUAAUGUCCGCACGAGCCGGCGCAAACGCAAACCCACCAUGAAGAUCCAAGUCAUCAACUUGCAGAAACGCAUGAACAGCAAGACGAAGCAGGAUGUCAGCGGGGAGAAGCCAGCAGCCUCCUUCACUUGUUCCGAGCAUUCGUACUGGUCACCCUCCGUCUCAGCAAAGGAUGCCGAGGAAGAGGACGAGCCGCCGCGGCAGCAACUGGAGCGUGUUGGCUCCGGUGAUGACAAGAUGGCCGCCGACGCCGACGAGGAGGGUCGCUUCACCUGCAGGGACUGCGGCAAGAGCUUCAAGUUCCUGUGCUUGCUUAAAUCGCACCAGCGCAUCCACACGGGCGAGCAGCCGUUCGUCUGCUCGCAGUGCGGACGACGUUUCUCCUUCAAGCAGUCCCUGCAGAGACACAAGCAGACGCAUAAGCCCGGCAGGUACGAGCGCGGCGGCGUCCACGGCGAGGCGCUUAACUCGCACGUGCGCGCCCACGCGGACAGCGGUCGCUCGGUGUGCUCCGAGUGCGGCCGCAUGUUCGCCGGCAAGUCGGCGCUGAUGAGGCACCUCCGGACGCACGGCGAGCGCGUCCAGAGUUCGCUCGGAUGCCCUCAGUGCGAGCUGAGCUUCCGUUGCGCCGGCUCCCUCGCCAGCCACCUGCGCACCCACCGGGAGGAGCGAUCCUUCUCCUGCAGCUGCGGUAAGAGCUUCGCCUACCGGACGGCGCUCGGCGCCCACCAGCGCAUCCACCAGAAAGAGCGUCCGCACGUCUGCGCCCAGUGCGGCAAGGGCUUCCUCUACAAAGGCGGCCUGCUCAGCCACAUGAAGAUCCACUCGGACGAGAUGCCCUUCAUGUGCUCCUUCUGCGGCAAGUGUUUCAAGAGGGAGCGCAACAUGAAGAAGCACGAGCGCUGCCACACCAGGGAGAACGUCUACGCCUGCUCGCAGUGCGACAAGAGCUUCGUGUACAAGGCCACGCUGACCCGCCACGAGCUGACGCACUCGGGCGAGCGGCCGUUCCUCUGCUCCGACUGCGGCAAGGGCUUCUUCUCGCACGGCGAGCUGCUCAAGCACGAGCGCUUCCACACGGGCCACAAGCCCUUCCAGUGCCCGCACUGCGGCAAGAAGUUCACCCAGUCCUGCUACCUGACGGUCCACCUGCGCUACCACACGGGCGUGCGGCCGUACACCUGCGGCCAGUGCGACAAGAGCUUCUUCAGCGCCACCCGCCUGAAGAGACACGCGCAGACGCACACGGGAGAGAAGCCCUUUCGCUGCGGCGAGUGCGGCAAAGCCUUCAAGCAGUCCCACAGCCUCAAAAUGCAUCACCGCACGCAUAAGAUAACUUGAAGACCAGCUCUCGCACGUUUCUUCAAACACUCACCGAUGCCAUACGUCACUUUGGUGGGCUCCGUUUUGCACAGCAUGGCCACGCCGCUGUAGCCCCCCUUGUCGUCCGACACGCACCAGUACUUGUGAGGGUACUCGGGCAUGGACGUGAUGUCAGCCGGCAGAUCUUUUUCGGAACACUUGGUCUCCUGCAGGCACAGAACGUCUGGAUUCUCUUCCCGUACCCACUGGAAGGAAACACAAGAGUCAACGGGGGGGGGGGGGGGGGAUAUGCGGUCUGGAUCUUCAGGGCCAACUCACAUCCAGACCGUUCUUCUUCACCCAAGCUCUCAGUCCAUCCACGUUCCAGGAGGUGAUCUUCAUGUUGGCCUCCCGGUCGUCUUUACUGGUCAUUUUGUCCGGAGGGUCUUCAUACAUUAUGGGGGUUUCUGGUUCUUUAGUUUUCUUUGCUUUCUUUGGGGUACUUUCUGUAAAUUGGGCAUGAUGGCAGCAAGUAUGGUGAGGUGAAAAGGUUGUUUUUUUUCCCCCUUAUGUGCAUGCCGCACUCACCAGACGCAGCUUCAUUGUCGCCUUCUGCUGUCGCCUCCUCUGCCUUCUUUCCUCGCUUCAUGCUUGAACUUGCUCGAACGGUAGAAAACACACUUUGCACACCCGCAACACACACACGCCGUAGCAGGAACGCCGCUGAGAAAAGGUGGAGAUAAAAUUCAUGUUAUGUCAUAUCUUCAAACUGGAAUGUGCUAUCAGUUUAUUCUUCCAGCCUUAAGAUUAUAUUGUUUGUACUAUUUCUUAUGUUAACAAUACUUGCAAAACACAAGGUUUGGUAAUGGAACUUUAGAUAUCGGCUUAUUAUUGCAGUGGCUAUUUCCAAAACUUUGUAAAAUAUGCAUAUUACAACAAUUUAACUUGAAAGUCUAAAAUGUAUAACCUUUUUGCUAAGUUUACUAUUUUGUGCAGUGAUUCUACCUUUAUAGCCAAAUGAAAAGCGAGAUGCGUGAAUAUAAACGUGCAGUAUGAUUUAUUAUCAGAAUAUUGACUGAAUUAAAUAGACAAGGAAACACGCUGCUAAUUUAAACACGCAUACUGCACAUGACCAAUUCAUGAUUGCACAAUGCGUGCGGCUAACAUUAGCAUUUCAUUGUAACAAAGACAACGGCUGGAGGCCUCUUGCAAAGAAGCCACUGAGAUUUUUCCCGGCGAAUUAAGCGUCAUCAGCUAGCACCAAAUGCUGCAAGUUUUAAUAUUCUCAUAGGAGACCGC